CGCACCCUUGCCGGGCCAUGAACGCCGAGGGGCGCGCGCCCCUUUCGUGCGCGCAUGCUUGCACUAUCAUAGGCUCCCCCAGCCUGCGUUCUUGUCAAAGCCGCUCCGGCGCGUGCGCGCGUUAUCUCCGGCUGACUCGCCUAGGCUUUUUUUUCCCCUUCCCCUAGCACUCACAGCCUCUUCAGCCUCCUGCACUCCUCCCCCGCCCCUCCGUCCUUUCCCUUUCUCCUCCCCCCCAGGAAUGGGGUUCACGCUGCUCUGGGUCGCGCGCCCAGAGGCCAGCUCGCGCUGUCAGCGUCCGCCCAGCUCGCGCCGCCUCGCGCUCCCCCUCAGUCAGUGGCGCCGAAGGCUCCGUUAAACGGCGGCAGCGGCGGUUCCUGUUUCCGUUUCUUCCUCUCCUCCUCAAGUCGGGAGUAGCAUCCUCCUCCACGCCACCACCCCUUCUACUCCUACUCCCCCUUCCCGGGGCAGCGACUGCCGGAGGCGGCUGUGGCUGGAGACGAGCCGCCGGAGUCUUCCUCCCUCCCUCCACGGAUUACUGCUUUGAUCAAAUCUAAAGAAGACCUUUCUCUCUCUAGAUAGCGUCUUAAGGGAUCCACACUGCCUAUUCUCUGCCAACUGCUGCCUCUUUUCUUCAUUUCUCUCCAGUUUCAGUGAUCACUGCUUUGGUAAAAUCUAAAGAAGGCACAUAUGAUUUUGAUUGUUUCUGUUUCUGAGAAAAAUAAUCAAAUUUUCCAGUACCCCGAAACAAAUCCAGUUGAUAAUUUCAGUGACUCAGAAACACCUUCUGAAAACAUUUUGUGGUGGUAGUAGCAUCUUGCUUAUGAAGGAAAGAAAGAAUGUAAAAUCCAAGGACUUGAAAAGAAGGCUUCCUACUCAUAACAUUGGAAGGAUUUGUGAAAGAAAUUGCUCACGGACUCUCAACAGAUACUAAUUUGUUUGAAGCAUCAUGUGUUGAAAUAAAAAAGAGGCAACCAACCCACCUUUGUGCUAUCUUCCAAGUCACCAUGUUGUUUGUAGCUCUUUGAGCUCUAGGCAAGCAAAAGGAGAGCGUUGAGAACCUGAAAAUGAGGCCAUGGACUGGCUCCUGGCGUUGGAUUAUGCUCAUUCUUUUUGCUUGGGGGACUUUGUUGUUUUACAUAGGUGGACACUUGGUAAGGGACAAUGAUCAUCCUGAUCAUUCUAGUAGAGAACUCUCCAAGAUACUGGCAAAGCUCGAACGCUUAAAACAACAGAAUGAAGACUUGAGGCGCAUGGCAGAGUCUCUCAGGAUACCAGAAGGUCCCAUGGAGCAGGGACCAGCUGCAGGAAGGGUACGUGCUUUAGAAGAACAGCUUUUAAAAGCCAAAGAACAGAUAGAAAAUUAUAAGAAGCAAACCAGAAAUGGUCUAGGAAAGGAUCACGAAAUACUGAGGAGGAGGAUUGAAAAUGGCGCAAAGGAGCUCUGGUUUUUUCUCCAGAGUGAAUUGAAGAAAUUGAAAAAUUUAGAAGGAAGUCAACUCCAAAGACAUGUGGAUGAAUUUCUAUUUGAUUUGGGUCAUCAGGAAAGGUCAAUAAUGACAGAUCUGUACUACCUCAGUCAAGCAGAUGGAGCAGGUGAUUGGCGAGAAAGAGAAGCCAAAGAUCUGACAGAGCUAGUCCAGAGGAGAAUAACGUAUCUUCAGAACCCCAAGGAUUGCAGAAAAGCCAAGAAGCUUGUGUGUAAUAUCAACAAAGGCUGUGGCUAUGGCUGUCAACUCCACCAUGUUGUCUACUGCUUCAUGAUUGCAUAUGGCACUCAGAGAACUCUCAUUUUGGAAUCCCAUAACUGGCGUUAUGCUACUGGUGGAUGGGAGACUGUAUUUAGACCUGUGAGUGAGACAUGCACAGAUAGAACAGGCACUACUACUGGACACUGGACAGGUGAGAUAAAUGACCAAAACAUUCAGGUGGUAGAACUUCCCAUUGUUGACAGCCUUCAUCCGCGGCCACCUUAUUUACCACUGGCUGUUCCAGAAGACCUUGCAGAUCGACUAGUGCGGGUCCAUGGAGAUCCUGCCGUAUGGUGGGUUUCCCAGUUUGUCAAAUACUUAAUCCGUCCACAGCCUUGGUUAGAAAAGGAAAUUGAAGAAGCCACCAAAAAGCUUGGUUUUAAGCAUCCAGUUAUCGGAGUUCAUGUCCGACGUACAGAUAAAGUGGGGACAGAAGCUGCAUUCCAUCCUAUUGAGGAAUACAUGGUGCAUGUUGAAGAGCAUUUCCAGCUUCUUGAACGCAGAAUGCAUGUAGAUAAAAAAAGAGUUUAUUUGGCCACAGAUGAUCCCUCCUUACUGAAGGAAGCAAAGUCCAAGUACCCAAAUUAUGAAUUUAUCAGUGAUAACUCCAUAUCCUGGUCAGCUGGACUACAUAAUCGAUACACAGAAAAUUCCCUACGAGGUGUGAUUUUAGAUAUACACUUUCUGUCACAGGCAGAUUUCCUAGUCUGUACAUUUUCAUCCCAGGUCUGUCGAGUUGCCUAUGAAAUCAUGCAAACACUCCAUCCAGAUGCUUCUGCCUACUUCCAUUCUUUGGAUGACAUUUAUUAUUUUGGCGGCCAGAAUGCCCACAACCAGAUUGCUGUUUAUGCUCACCAACCACGAACUGCUGAUGAAAUCCCUAUGGACCCUGGAGAUGUUAUUGGUGUGGCUGGAAACCAUUGGGAUGGCUAUUCUAAAGGUGUCAAUAGGAAACUAGGGAGAACAGGCUUGUACCCUUCCUAUAAAGUGAAGGAGAAAAUAGAGACAGUCAAGUACCCCACAUACCCGGAAGCUGAGAAAUAAACUUACAGGCAAGGGAAUGGAAGAAACUCACUCGGUUCAAACAGUUUUGAGCCAAACAGCAUACUAACUAAAUUUUGAAUUUACGUUUUAACUCAGAGUUAAACAAAUGAAAGCCUUCAGGACUGAGACUGAAUGAACAGCUUAAAACAGUUGGAUGAACCAUCGCUGGAUUUCCUCCUUAAUGAACACAUUUUGUUACAAUGCACUUGCCCCUGUGCGCAGACCAAUAGCCUACUCACAUGCAAACAGUUGUUUUCUCCCUUGCCCCUUCUUUCAAGGUUUCAUCCCCGUCAUUCAUCACCAAGUGAGCAUUUGGCCUACACUGUCUCUGUCAUUAAUUGACUAUAAUUCUGACUUUUUAACACUGCCACGUUAUGUAAUUUGAGUGACAUGAACAUAUUUUAUAUGUGUGAGAUUUCAAACAUGGUGCCUAUAUUUGAGAGAUCUAUGUGACCUGUUCAGAAGAACCAAACUUUACCCCGUCUCUUGGUGGGGGAAGAGUUGGUUCUUAACUUUUGGUGGUGCCAUGACCACCAAAUCUGCUCCAACCAACAGAUUCAGAAUGAGAAUUCGAUGUUCUUUUCUUUAAAUUUUUUUUAAGUAAUUGCAUUGAUUCAUCACAUCAUUAAUAAGUGAAGGUUACAUCUGAAAAUAAACUAUUCACCCUCCAUUAGGAACUUUUGUAAAACAAUGCCAUGAACAAAUUCUUUAGUACCUAAUGUUUCUGGACAUUGUCUUUGAUAACAAAAAAUAAAUUUAAAAAAAUAAAA